AUGCCGACAGCAACCAGAGCAGGGGUGUAUGGCGGAGACGGCGAUGACACCAACAUGCAUGGCAUGGACAACAGACCAGCAGGUGAGCCAACCCCAGGUCGUAGCUCAAGUCUACAAACAUCUGAGGGGGUACCAAUUCAGGCGUCAGCAAUGCAAUUAGAAAUAGACAAGAGCAUUUGUCAAGGCAACUACUUCCUGGCCAGUAGGUUCAUCUCCAAGCUAGAAGCAACAGCACCUGUAGCUAUCGCAAGUCUACACAAGAUGAGAGUAGGUAUUUAUGAUCAGCAACACGAGCGUCGCAUACCUCUGGUAAACACAGAGCUCAGAAAGAGAUACGAUCAAUGUAUCAAUGCGUGUGGUGAUGACGAUGAGGAUGAAGUAAUUCAAAUUAGUCAAAGCAUUAACGAGCUAGAAAUCAUGCGUUCACGCUUAGGUUACAAGGUUAAGGCACCAGCAUUAUCUAAACUACUAAAGACCUCCAAAUUUUCGAAAUUAUUGAGAGAUAGUUCUUUCAAAAUGAAAUUUGUGAAGACAAUAUAA